CCACGAUCCAUAGCUAUGUAUUUAUAUAUCCCAUAAGAGUUAUCAUAUCACUAAAAUAUAUAUCACCUUUGAGUACUUGAAACUUAUAAUAAAAAUAAUAAUAAUAGUUAAAUUCUCCAAAUGAAGAUUGCUCUUUUCCAAUGGGCACUUCUAGGUCUCUGGCUUUGGUUCUCUGCUGUGAGUUUUUGCCAAGCUUCUUCAGAAGCUCCGGGUAUCAAAAAUGAAGAUACAUUCAUCCCACCAUCAAAGAAACCAUGCUUGAAAAAAUUUCAUGAGUUUUUUCAUCACCCUAUUCCAAAAUUUAAGAAGUCUCAUCCUCCGUCGAUUCCCGUUCAUAAGCCAGAACCAAAGCCAGAGCCAAAACCAAAAUCAAAACCAGAACCGAAGUCAGAGCCAAAGCCAAAAAAAGAAUCAAAACCGAAACCAAAGCCAAAGGUGGAACCGAAGCCAAUUUACAAGCCACAUCCUUUUUUUAAGAAACCAUUCUUUAAGUUCCCACAUCCUAAGAAGCCAUUUCCACCAUCAAAAUCCUAGAUUAAUAGUGUGAUAGUAUUUCAAUAUUAAUUUUCAUUUUUUUACUAUGGAGUGUGUUGCAAAUAAAUGCCUUCUUUUUUUGGUUGAAAAAAAAAAGAAUUAUAACCAUAGAAGAAGCUAGAGAGAUCAUGUUGUUGUUAUUUUCAUUAAUUUAGGUUGAUUAUUUAUGUGUGUAAUAAUAUUGUGGUAAUGUUUCUUCUGAAUAUGGCAAUCAAUUAAUUAAGAAUGUGAAAUUAAAUGUA